AUGGAAUCCAAUUUACUAGGCAAGAGAGUAGAAAGAGAUGGGGAAAGUAAUUUAGCUAAUGUUUAGCAAGACUCUGAGCAAUAGGUCCAUCAUAUCAAUAAAAGACCAAGAGUCCCUCUGCUUGAGGGCUGCAGAUCAGUUGAGUCAUUUGAAUAUUUGAAUAAAAUAGAUGAGGGAGCUUAUGGGGUAGUUUACAGAGCAAAGGAUAAAAACAGUGGGGAAAUAGUAGCAAUUAAAAAGCUAAAACUAGAUUAAGAAAAAGAAGGUUUCCCUAUAACAGCCCUUCGAGAGCUAAGUACUCUAAUUAGUCUUAAGCACGACAAUAUUGUUAAUGUAAAGGAAGUUGUCUAUGGAAGUAGUCUUGAUAAAAUCUACGUCGUGAUGGAAUAUAUGGAUCAUGAAUUAAAAUCAAUCUUAGAGGAUAGGAAACUAAACUAUUCGCAUGCUUAAAUAAAAUGCCUUCUAGUCUAGAUUCUUAAAGGAGUUAACUAUAUGCAUAAGAGGUGGAUAUUUCACAGAGAUUUGAAGACUUCUAACUUACUCUAUGGAAACAACGGGAUUCUUAAGAUAUGCGAUUUUGGGUUAGCCAGAAAAUUUGGUAGCCCACUAAGACCAUAUACAAAUCUCGUUGUGACACUGUGGUACAGAGCACCAGAGCUACUAUUGGGAACCGAUGUAUAUUCUCCUGCAAUAGAUAUGUGGUCAGUUGGUUGUAUUUUAGCAGAACUAAUCUUAAAAGAUCCACUUAUGAUGGGAAAAGGCGAAAUGGAUUAACUAGAUAAGAUAUUUAGAAUACUGGGAAACCCUAACUAGGAAAAUUGGCCUGGAUGGUAAAAGCUAAGAUUUGCCAAGUUGAUUCAACUUAAUAAGAAAUUCAAUAAAAACAUAUUAAGAGAAAAGUUUCCCAUAAUGCCUUUGACAAGGGAUGAUAAUAUGUACUUAAGUGAUGUAGGUCUUGACCUGUUGUAGAAAAUGCUAACCUAUGAUCCUGCCAAAAGAAUCACAGCGGAGGAAGCAUUGUAGCAUCCCUGGUUUAAAGAGGAGCCGAGGCCUGAGAAGAUUGAGAGCAUGCCAUAGUUUGCAUCUCUAAAUGAGAUGUCUAGAGAGUAGCUUAGAAAAAAGAGAAAGAAGAGUUUGGAUGAAGAUCAGAGAAAGCAAAGAGAAGAAAUGUACGAAAAAGAAGAGAGAUUUCAAAACUUGCAGCAAAAGAAUUAUCUAAAUGUGUUCUGA